CGCCGGCGCGUCAGGCCCCUGACGACGGGCCCGCUCUGCAAUGGGUGAGGACGUCGCUGCCAUGUCCUCGGCUCAACCUGCCGCCGGCCGCGGUGACUGACCGCCCGUCCGCCGUGGUUCGGGAGUGAUGGCGCACCGUUAUCUCCUGGCGGCCCGCUGUUGUCGGGGGUUGUGUGCAAGCCUGGGCCCCCGGCGCUGCAGGCCGGCCUGGAGACCGUUUUCUGGUUGUGCAUUUAACUGUGUGGCUGGGAACAGUCUGCUGACAAAUGUGCUUGGUGUCUACAGACGCCUCUGCUCACGACCUCCAAAAGGAUUUGAAAAAUAUUUUCCAAACAAAUCCAAAAAAGCAAGCGAAUCCAAAGAAUCAUCCAGUGAGGCGAAAGAGACAAAAUCUACAAAUUCUCAGCGUCUUGGAAAUAAUGGUUCAGGUGGUGGGAGUGGUGGAAAGAAAGGAGGCCGAAAGGAUGAAUCCACUUGGUGGGCCAGGUUACAGAAGGGUGAUAUUCCAUGGGACGAUAAGGAAUUUCGAUUUUACUUCAUAGGAGGAGCAGCAUUUUGGGCAACUGUUGCUUAUUACGUUUUCUUCAGGAAUGUUGGUAGAGAAGUUACGUGGAAGGACUUUGUCAAUAAUUACCUUUCUAAAGGAAUAGUGGACAGGUUGGAAGUAGUAAACAAACGCUAUGUUAGAGUAGUUUUUGCUCCAGAUAAAGUAACCAUGGAUGGGCAGUAUGUCUGGUUUAACAUUGGGAGCGUGGAUACCUUUGAAAGGAAUCUGGAGUCUGCACAGCAGGAACAGGGUAUAGAAGGUGAAAGUAGAAUACCUGUCGUAUAUUCCACAGAAAGUGAUGGCUCAUUUCUGUUGAGCAUGCUUCCAACUAUACUGAUCAUUGGGUUUCUGCUGUUUGCCCUGAGACGAGGGUCAGCGGGUGUUGGUCGACCUGGGCGUGGCAUGGGUGGACUGUUCAGUGUGGGAGAAACAACAGCAAAGGUCCUCAAGGAUGAAAUUGAUGUAAAGUUCAAGGAUGUGGCAGGAUGUGAGGAAGCAAAGUUGGAAAUAAUGGAAUUUGUCAAUUUUCUGAAGAAUCCAAAUCAGUAUCAAGAACUUGGAGCAAAAAUUCCAAAGGGUGCUAUUCUCACGGGUCCCCCAGGCACUGGCAAAACUCUGUUAGCUAAGGCCACUGCAGGUGAAGCCAAUGUUCCAUUCAUCACUGUGAAUGGUUCGGAAUUCCUGGAAAUGUUUGUUGGUGUGGGUCCUGCCAGAGUGCGAGAUCUAUUUGUAAUGGCUCGUAAAAAUGCUCCUUGUAUCCUAUUCAUUGAUGAGAUUGAUGCGGUUGGAAGGAAAAGGGGUCGUGGUAAUUUUGGAGGACAAAGUGAACAGGAGAACACCUUGAACCAGCUCCUGGUUGAAAUGGAUGGAUUCAACACUGCAACCAAUGUGGUGGUUUUAGCAGGCACAAACCGCCCAGACAUACUGGAUCCUGCACUGAUGAGACCAGGUCGAUUUGACAGACAGAUAUUCAUUGGACCGCCUGAUAUAAAAGGAAGGGCUUCGAUUUUUAAAGUUCAUCUCAGUCCCUUAAAAUUAGAAUCUUCUAUCAAUGCAGAAAAUUUGGCAAGGAAGCUAGCAGCUUUGACUCCAGGCUUUACAGGAGCAGACAUUGCUAAUGUAUGCAAUGAAGCUGCUUUAAUUGCUGCCAGACAUCUAUCUGAGGCCAUCAUACAGAAGCACUUUGAACAGGCUAUUGAGCGGGUAAUUGGAGGACUGGAAAAGAAAACUCAGAUUCUGCAGCCAGAAGAGAAGAAAACGGUAGCCUAUCACGAGGCAGGCCACGCUGUGGCUGGUUGGUUCCUGGAGCACGCUGACCCUUUGCUGAAGGUGUCUAUCAUCCCUCGUGGAAAGGGACUCGGUUAUGCUCAAUAUUUACCCAAAGAACAGUACCUCUACAGCAAGGAACAGCUUCAUGAUCGCAUGUGUAUGACACUGGGAGGACGAGUUUCAGAGCAAAUCUUUUUUGGUAGGAUCACCACUGGAGCACAAGAUGAUUUAAAGAAGGUUACCCAAAGUGCCUAUGCCCAGAUCGUUCAGUUUGGUAUGAAUGAAAAAGUGGGGCAGGUGUCCUUUGACUUCCCACGACAAGGUGAGAUGACUUUAGAAAAACCAUACAGUGAGGAGACUGCCCAAUUGAUAGAUGAAGAAGUGCGUUCACUCAUCAAUUCUGCAUACGAGAGGACUCUGAAACUUCUGACAGAAAAGAAAGAAGAAGUUGAGAAGGUUGCCCAGCGACUGUUGGAAAAGGAGGUACUUGACAAAGCAGACAUGGUUGAGCUGUUGGGACCUCGACCCUUUGCUGAAAAAUCAACGUAUGAGGAGUUUGUAGAAGGGACAGGAAGCCUUGAUGAAGACACUUCUCUACCCGAGGGUCUCAAGGACUGGAACAAGGAAGGUGAAAAUGGGAAAAAGAAAGAGAAGAACAAAUUGCAGAAUGCAUCACUAGAAGGGUACCAUACUCAAUGAGAACAAUUGUCCAGCUAUGUGUUUUUAAAAUUGUGAUCCCACACUGGAAAAUUACGCUUCCUUGUCUCUGUUCAGACCUGUUGGUUAAUCAUUUUAACAUCCUUAUUUGAUUUACCAGCUAAGCUGUGCACAUUGUGUACUUUGCAAGUAAUUAAUUUCUGUUGGUCUGACUGGUGUCAAAAUGAAUAUGAAGCAAAAGUAACAACUUGUUCCAAGGUCUCGUAUAUAUUUCAACAAAGAGUGCUGACUAUCUUCAGCACUGGAAGAUUCCCAUCUCUGCCUCCAUGGACUAUAUCUGAAUGAAUCUUAUACUUAUGAGACAGCUUUGCCAUGCAUUUGAAGACAAGUAUCUGCUGAGUGACCUGGAGCGGGGUGCUUAAGAAAUGAUUAAUAUGCACAACUUUCAAUACCCUGUGAUGACUUGAUUCUGCUUAAAGUUCAGAGCUCUUAAGCUAUUGAAAGCAUGAUUGUAAUUAAUUUAUGUAAAUAAUGUUUAUUUUGAAACUUAAGUGUACAAAAAUAAAAAGUAAAAUAUUGA